CACUUCAUAGGUUGAGCUUGUUUCGCCAUUAACAAGCGCCUAAAGUCGUGUGUUUGGGUCAAUACGUCGCAUAUAGUGCUUGGUUACCUAAAAAGAAGACACAACACGGAAAGACUAGUCUGCGUGGAGAGGGAAAACCGACUUAUCCAACAAAGAAAUGUCGGAUAAGUUUCGGCUCAACGCGUCGCUGAUGUUUGAAGAAAGCUGCCCAGAGGCGUCACGAUUUUUCCUCCAGCAGUAUUUCACACGCUUGGCGCCAGAAAAGGACGCCGCGUUGGACAAAACCGCCGUGUGCGAUCACUGCUACCAGUGGCGGCGGCCCGGCAACCACCGGGUGAGGCUGCGCCCCAAGAGGCGGCCAUCUUUGAGGGUGCAGAGGGUCCUACGCAGGAGAGCCAGGGGGAAAACGCUCAGCCUGGCCCAAAGACAUCUGCUCAACCGCUUCCAGAAGUCCACCUCGGUCCUGAUGGCCACCUGCCACGCUUGCAAUAAGACGUCCAUACACAGAGGAAUGAACCGAGAGUUCUUGUCCACUUGGGCCAAGACCCACGGCACGCCGGGGAGCGCCGGCAAACACAAGACCCCCCCCUCGGCCAACAGAGCGGCCGCCACCGCCGCCACCACGCCCAAGACCCCCGGCAAAGACAAGACCCCCAGCCGCACGCCCAGGUCGUCCAUGUCCUCCAGCACGCCUGGAUCAGCCUCCUCCUCCUCCAAGACCCCUUCCAAAGCCAAGAACUGGGUGGUCCAGCGUCUCGGUAAGAUCCUCAUGCGGGAGGACAAGCCCAGCGGCAAGAAGGGGAGUUUGAAGGAUUUUCUCUCCUCGCUUUGAGUCGCAUCCUUUGCAUACGCGAGUAAGAGUUUACACGCGGGAACCUACUUUUGGGUUGUUGAGCCAGCACGGGACGGGCUUCAUUGUGCCCACCAUCAACACAGCAACCUCAGGUUUGUCUUCUGGCGGCCUCCUCUCCCACUCAGCUUGUACGCCCUUACAGGGAAUGUGCAUGUGGAAUAGUGGAGGUAUUGUUGAGGAUUUAUCCCAACAUGCUAAUUAUGUAUUUUUAUUUCUUUCUUGACUUUUUGGCAGAGUUUUUUUUAAAGUUAGCAUUGCUUGAUAUUUUUGUUUCAUCAUGCAGGUACUAUCUACUUAUGUUUGUGAAGACAUAACAUGUAAUUGUGUUGUGUAUAUUUUUAUAUAUUUGACAUACAAUGUGGAAAUAAGUGUCACUUUAAUGUUCAUUUUUUAUUGUCAUUGUAAAUGAUACAUUUCCCAAAUGACUAUGUUAUUGAAAGAUAUAGUGUAUAUGAAAAGUAAUGGAAUGCUAAGGGCAUUCCUUGUUAUAACAAGCAUUUUUUCCUUAAAGUUAGCUUCUUUUUGUGGGUUUGGCCAGUAUUAUUGCAUGAACAUGUCAAUGAUGUCCAAUGGAGAUGUUUGUCAUUUGUCUACCUUUCUUUUAAAAAUGUAUUUUUGGUAAACAAUCCAAAUAUAUGUGCUGCUUUUUCUUUUUCUUGUCUUUUCUUCCUUGAUUGCACAGUGAUGUAUCAAUACCUCCAGAUUUCUACUUUAUGACUCUGAAAUAAAACCUCU